CGAUUGUACAAUCAUUUUAAAAUUCUAGUUUAUAAUUGAAGUAACAGACACAAUAACAGAUUCGAGUUCCUGAAUACUUAAACAUACAUAUAAAUCACAUAUCAAUUGUUAUAUGAUGGAACGUAAGCGCAAAGUGAACCUUAAACAAAAGGCUCUCGGGGUGGAUAAGCGCAUCAAGCUGGAUGGGAGUGAGGAGCAGGUGAAUCUACUGGACCUGCCCGUUGGCCCAUUGCAUAUGAUCAUCUCGAAGGUGCAUCCGGAGAAGCAGAUGAUCCUGCGCAACGCAUCCAGCAAACUGAGGGUGGAGCACUCCGACUGCAUGUUGCACAGCUACAAAUCGUUCACCAAUUUGCAUCUGCGCCAACAGCAUCUCUGCGCCGAGCAGCAGAGAAUACACAACGUGAUGCAGGUGGUGGCCCACUCGACGGACUUUUUCAUCAGCUCCGGCUACAAUGGCGUACUUGCGGGCAAUCUGAUCUUCUUCUACAAGCAUUUGACAACUGGCGUGCAGAGCAUCGAUGCCGCACACAUGCACAAGUUUCUGCACGAGUUCUACAGCAAUCUGGAGGGGACUGUGCCCCAGUGGCCCAACGAGGCUGCAGCGCGCAUCGCAUUCAAUCAGCGUCGUUUGAUAUACACGAUGACUCUGCUGAAUCUACUCAGACAAUUUCGCAAUUUUCGCAUCGUUAGCUCUGGCAUGAAUCUAAUGCACUGGCAACUGCAACUGGAGGUGCUGGGCCUGCAUUUUGGCGUACGUGAGAUGGAUGGGCAGACGCCCGAGCAGGACAAACUGGUGGACUUUUUGACGAUUAUAGCCGAAAUGCUUGUGUUUGACAAGUCGCGCACCUACGAAAGCCGCUACACAGCAAUUGGCAACAGUUUCUAUAUCUAUGGCAUCAAGCAGCACACAAGGUUGUCCAGGCAGAGCCAGAAGCUGACGCUCAAUCUGAGCAUCCUGGCGCCGUUGGUGGUGCGCGUCCUGCUCGAGAAUGUGCUCAAUGGCCAGGUGGAUAUUGCACGGCCUAUCCACUGUCCAGUCGUCGACACGUUCAGCAUUCAAUUGGAUGUGAAGGGCCGAAAGAUCCCCAUGUGGGAUGGCAGCAAUCACAUGGAGAUCUGCAUCGUUCCACUUCACUAGCUCAACGAUAAUGCAUAUGCACAUAUAUAUGACAGACUAUCAUGUUAGAUGUGUACAAACAUAUAUUAGUUUGUGUAUUUCUUGUGAAUAAACUCGAUUGGAAGAGCUCAAACAAAGAGCACAUCACAUGGCAACCACAAGAAGAUUAUCUUCGGAGAAUUCAUAAUUUUCCUAUUUUGUUUUAUAUGUGCAGCAUCUAUAAUUAAAAAAAAAAAAAAAUAGCAUAGGUUAUGCUAGCUUUGCUAGGAACUAUGUAAUACUGUUCUUAAACACAUAUUCGAGAGAUAACGUCGCAUACAUUUUAACAAGACUUGAUUAUUAAAUAUCAGAACCUUUUUUCAAAAGGUCAAUAUGAAACCCUGAAAUCAUUUGAAUGGGGCUUCUGAAUAUGUAUGCAACAGACAGAAGAAGGCGUGGCAGACCCUAUACAGUAUAUACACAUUUUCGCGCUGAAGACUAAGCUUAAUCCAUUGUCCGUCCGUCUGUUUGUCCAUAUGAACGCUGCGAUCUCAUAGACCACAAAGGCUAGUGACUUGCCGUAGAAGGUUAUCAAUUUUCUGCAUAACUCAUUGCAUUAACUUAUUAUCCGAAAUGCAGUCCAAGUUCAGUCGCUGCGUCAUCAACGCUGUCGUCAGUAUUAUGUAGAAUAUAUAGCAUAAAAUAAAUACAUAAUAUAUAAGUCGGGGCGUUGCGUUUCUCGUUCAUGUUUUCCAUCUUAGGUGCGCCUACCAACGAAUUCCCGGUGUGUCGCUAAACUCUUUUAAAUGGUCUUACUCGUUCAAUAGUCUUUGACCAAGUGUGAUUUCUCCUCUACUCACGAAACUUCUAAUAAUGGUCGCAUAUUCUUCUUCAUCGAAAGCCCAGCGACCCUGCUGCGAACGACAUAACUAGCCAUCUCGCUCUCACCCAGCGACACCCGGGACCACAGCUAUUCAGCAACAGCUAUUGUUGUCUCUCUCUUUUAGUGACAGUGCAUGCUUUAAUUGCACUGCAAUACUAAAUCAAUCGAUUAACACGAUAUCAAGAUAUCAAAUUGCAAAUUCAACAACAGUCUAAUAUCGCACUGAUACGACAUAUAUGUAUGUAUGUUUGUUAUGACAAACGUAAAAUGAAUGUCAGUUGCUUUUAUCGAGUUUAGGGUAUCUGCUAGUCGACUGAAGCGCUCUUCUUUGUUUAAGCAAGUGCAACGCACUCAGGCACCGAGCCGCUGCACAGUAGGCUCUGCCGGCAAUGCGUGGCUAUUUCGGUAAACAGUAAAUAGUUGAAAUAAAAUCAUUUACAUAUAUAUUUCAGUUUUUCAUACAAAUGAAGGAAUUUUUUCUAUAAAAUCACAUUUUUCAUUUUUGAGGUAAAGCUGGGAUGCCAUCUGUUAGCCCAUCACCUUGUAAUUAGAUUCAUUUUAAAGCUCAAAGAAUUCACUGACGAAUACAUGAUAUUCGCAACGCAAAAUGAGCAAAUGUCCCACUGUGCGCUGCUGCUGCAGGCUGCGCGAAAGCAGCGACCGCUAGCUAGCGGCUCAGUCGCACAGAAAUUUCGUGAUCGAUUGGAACGAUCUUAAAGGCAGUGGAAAUAGAGCUGGAUAAUAAAACAAUGUGUGGAAGACAAAUAAAAACACUAGUUAUCGGUUUCAAUAUUUUGGUUGUCGCAUUUGUGGCCGGUGCCUUGAUUUGGUGAAAGAAUUGUUCUCUUUUCGCAGGCCUAUAUGCAUGAUGGCGAAGUGCGUAGGGAUGACCUUGCCACGGACACCCUCACGAUCAACGAUGGCUCAUCCCCCGCUCGGCGGUUCGAAACUUAAGCCUUAUAAUUAAAUAAAUGCUCAGGUCAAGCCAA